AUGACUUGCGAGAGCGACGAGCCAAAAGAUGAUGCUGACGGUAUGGACAAUGAAGAGACCAAGAAAGGGCAUGGGGGCUGUGGCGCCUCACAACCUCUCAUUCGGAAGGAAGGAUUAAAGCUGUUCGUUCAAUACAAGAGGUCCAAGGAUGAAGACGAGGAGGUGAAGUCAUUACAACCCGAUAAACGAUUGUUCCCUCCGCACGAAGUCUACACUGCUCUGAAGAAGAUUUCUGAUGCGGACCUUGAUAUGCUUGGUCUCUCGAACGAGUACGCCCGCCCAGAGUGGAUGAUCCUUACUGUAAUGCCUGUUCCACCGCCUCCAGUCAGACCAAGUAUUGCCGUUGACGGAGGGACUAUGAGGAGUGAGGAUGACCUGACGUAUAAAUUGGGAGACAUCAUCAAGGCGUCUGCUAAUGUACGGCGCUGUGAGCAGGAGGGCGCUCCCGCUCAUGUCAUCACCGAGUUCGAACAGCUCCUCCAGUUUCAUGUUGCGACUUACAUGGACAAUGACAUUGCCGGUAUACCGCAAGCACUUCAAAAAUCUGGGAGACCAGUAAAAGCAAUCCGUGCGCGUCUGAAAGGAAAGGAAGGUCGGCUUCGGGGCAACUUAAUGGGAAAACGAGUCGACUUCUCCGCACGUACUGUUAUCACUGGUGACCCCAACUUGGAUCUGGACGAAGUUGGUGUGCCCAAAAGUAUCGCGAUGAACCUUACAUUCCCAGAGCGAGUUACACCCUACAACAUUGCAUACUUGCAAGAACUCGUACGCAAUGGUCCCACAACAUAUCCUGGUGCUCGCUAUGUCGUCCGAGAUACGGGUGAACGUAUAGACCUCAGGUACAAUAAGCGUGCAGAUGCAUUCUUACAAUAUGGAUGGAUUGUGGAACGUCACUUAAGGGACGGAGACUUUGUCCUAUUCAAUCGACAGCCGAGUUUGCACAAAAUGAGUAUGAUGAGUCAUCGUGUGAAGUUGAUGCCAUAUUCCACUUUCCGUCUGAAUCUCUCAGUGACGCCUCCCUACAAUGCCGAUUUCGAUGGUGAUGAAAUGAAUAUGCACGUACCGCAAAGUGAAGAGACUCGCGCAGAACUAAGUCAGAUUGCAUGGGUGCCACGACAGAUCAUUUCGCCGCAGGCAAACAAGCCUGUUAUGGCAAUUGUGCAAGAUACCCUUUGUGGCAUCAGGAAGUUCACUCUCCGUGACACAUUCUUGGACUGGAACCAAGUCCAGAAUAUCUUGUUAUGGGUACCCGACUGGGAUGGUUCUGUGCCUUUGCCUACUGUCAUCAAGCCCAAGCCUUUGUGGACUGGCAAGCAAAUUCUUAGCAUGUGCAUACCACGCGGUAUCAACAUAUAUCGAUCCCCCGAUCCCAAGUCGUUUAACCCCGUCUUUGACGAUGGUAUGAAUAUCGAGAACGGUGAAAUUCUGUUUGGUGUUGUCGAGAAGAAGACCGUUGGAGCGUCGCAGGGCGGUCUCAUCCAUAUUACUUUCCGUGAGAAGGGGCCGGAGGUAACGCGAGCAUUAUUUUCGGGCCUUCAGCAGGUCGUCAACUACUGGCUCUUCCACAACGGUUUCAGUAUUGGUAUCGGUGACACGAUUGCCGACCGAGGUACCAUGGCGCACAUUCAGGAGCAGAUCGCGAUCAGGAAGCAGAAUGUUACGCAGGCCAUAGAUGAUGCUACACAUGAUCGCUUGAAGGCUGCUCCCGGUAUGACCAUUCGAGAGUCAUUCGAGAGCCGAGUAGAGCGAGAGCUCAAUCUGGCUCGUGACCAGAACGGACAGUACGCCCAGAAGAAUCUCAAGGAGGACAAUAAUGUCAAGCAGAUGGUGGUCGCUGGCUCAAAAGGUUCUUUCAUCAACAUUUCGCAGAUGUCCGUAUGUGUAGGCCAGCAAAUUGUUGAGGGUCGCCGAAUUCCAUAUGGCUUCCGUCAUAGAACGUUGCCCCAUUUCACCAAAGAUGACUUCGGUCCAGAAGCGCGUGGUUUCGUCGAAAAUUCAUAUCUUCGUGGGUUGACACCACAGGAGUUUUUCUUCCACGCAAUGGCUGGUAGAGAAGGGUUGAUUGAUACUGCUGUCAAAACUGCCGAGACGGGAUACAUCCAGCGACGGCUCGUCAAGGCGUUAGAAGAUGUCAUGGUUUGCUACGAUGGGACCGUCCGCAAUUCACUAGGUGACUUGAUUCAAUUCGUAUAUGGCGAGGACGGAAUGGAUGGUGCGUUCAUCGAACGCCAGAAUAUUGAGACGUUUGCGAUGAACAAUCGAGAAUUCGAGCACAACUAUCGUGUGGAUGUUACCGACCCCUCUGGCGGCUUCCUUCCCGGCGUUCUGCAAGCAGGCUUGGAUGACAAUUCACUAGAGCUUCAGGCUAAACUUGAUGAAGAGUUUGCCCAGUUGGUCGGGGAUAGGCGGCUUCUACGUGAAUUUGUCUUCCGACGUCAGGACCCUAGCGUUCCACAUCACCUGCCCGUCAAUUUGCAGCGCAUUGUUCAAAACGCAGUCCAAAUUUUCCAUAUAGAUCGACGCAAACCAAGCGACCUCGAACCGGCCUACAUCAUCGAUUCCGUCCGAGAGUUGGGGAAACGGUUGGUCGUUGUGCGGGGAGACACGCUCUUCACAAGAGAGGCUCAGGAUAACGCCGCGCUGAUGUUCCGUAUGCAUUUGCGCGCCACAUUUGCAGCACGACGAGUACUCGAGAAGUACCAUCUCAAUCGGGAGGCUUUCGAAUGGGUUCUUGGUGAGAUCGAAGCGAAGUUCAAUCAAUCGCUAGCCCACCCAGGGGAAAUGUGCGGGACACUCGCUGCGCAAUCUAUAGGAGAGCCGGCUACACAGAUGACGCUGAACACUUUUCAUUACGCUGGUGUCUCCAGCAAGAACGUCACAUUGGGUGUUCCUCGUUUGAAGGAGAUUAUCAAUGUCGCGACGAAUAUCAAGACCCCUUCGCUCUCGAUAUAUCUUGAUCCUGAGAUAGCUAAAGACCAAAUCUCCGCCAACAGUGUUCAACAAGAACUUGCGUAUACUUCUCUUCGUACUGUCACAGCGGCUGUGGAAAUUUGGUAUGAUCCAGAUCCGAGUUCCACCAUUAUUGAAGAAGAUAGUAUGUUCGUGGAGUCAUUCUUCGCAAUACCAGAUGAUGACGUUGAAGCGAACCUUCAUCUCCAAUCGCCUUGGCUUCUUCGACUGGAAUUGGAUCGUGCUAAGAUGAUUGAUCGCAAAUUGACAAUGUCCUACGUUGCGGGGCGAAUUGCAGACAAUUUCAAGACAGAUUUAUUCGUCAUCUGGAGCGAGGACAAUUCCGAGAAGCUGAUCAUUCGAUGUCGUGUUCUGGGCGGCGCAGACAAGGAGGAAGAUGGAAUGGAUACGGUUGAGGAAGACAUCUUCCUCCGGCAGCUUGAAAACACCAUGCUCAAUUCCAUCAGCCUCCGUGGCGUGACCGGUAUCCAGCGCGUCUUCUUGCUUGAGCAUGAUAGGGUUAGCAUUACAGAAGAAGGCAGUAUCAAAGCGCACUCGGAGAAAGAAUGGGUACUCGAGACGGACGGAGUCAAUUUGAAGGCGGUAAUGUCCAUCGGCGGUGUGGACUUCAAGCGCACGUAUUCCAACAGCUGUGUUGAGGUCUUCAACGUUCUUGGUAUUGAGGCUGCUCGAGCUGCUAUCAUGAAAGAACUUCGUGGGGUUAUCGAAUUCGAUGGGUCUUACGUGAACUAUCGUCACUUGUCCUUACUCUGCGAUCUCAUGACGCAUCGCGGUAUUCUCAUGGCCAUCACGCGUCAUGGCAUAAAUCGAGCGGAUACGGGAGCAUUGAUGCGGAGUUCGUUCGAGGAGACCGUCGAAAUUCUCAUGGAGGCUGCCGCAGUUGGCGAGAGGGAUGACUGCCACGGAAUUGCGGAGAACGUCAUCUUUGGUCAGAUGGCACCUAUGGGGACUGGUGCAUUCGACGUCGCACUGGACAUUGAUAUGUUGAAGGAUGUCAUCGUGGACCAUCGCUUGCCCGUUCAAACGAUGUUGGCGGCUCAGGUCGAUGGAGGUAUGACUCCUGGCCAGGUAGCCAUGACUCCGUACGACAGCAACUCCCCUAUGUGGUCGCAAGAUUCAUCAUUCAAGGGUGAAGCAGCGGCAUUCUCCCCACUUGCUGUGAAUGGUGGCGAGGAUCCUGCCAGUUUCUCGUAUUUGGGUUUUGGACAGAGUCCGAUGGGCGCCGGUGCUAUGUCGCCCGCAGCACCCGGCUACAGUCCCAGUUCCCCUAAUGUCUAUUCCCCCACGUCGCCAUAUGUACCACCAUCUCCUUUUGGUGGCGCAACAUCGCCCUUCGGAACAUCACCUUAUGCGACAUCACCCUUCUACGACCGUACUCGUGGACCGACAUCGCCUACUUACUCGCCCACGUCACCCGCACUAAAUCUGACAUCUCCUGGAUACUCGCCUACAAGUCCAAGAUAUUCUCCGACAUCUCCGUCGUUCUCCCCCACGUCACCUCGAUACAGUCCCCAAUCCCCCUCGUUCAGCCCUACGUCCCCGCGGUACUCACCGACGAGUCCGUCAUUCAGCCCUGCGUCUCCCCGCUAUUCCCCUAGUAUGUAUUUUGUAUUUUAUACAGUCAUUAUAUUGAUGGUUCCUUAUAACCUUUACCAAUUUUUGCAGCAUAUGUCUCCGUCUUCGCCGAAGUAUUCACCGACAUCACCAGCGUCGCCUUCCUCUCCGAAAUAUUCCCCAACAUCACCGGCUUAUUCGCCCGCAUCACCUGCGUACUCGCCGGCGUCGCCAGCUUAUAGUCCAACUUCGCCUCAAUGGUCGCCGUCCAGCCCUGCGCAACAGCAGAAUGGUGGAAGCGGGCGCAGUCAUUCUUAUAGCACGUCUCCAUCAUGGGACUGA